GUGCAGCAAGUGGUGGCUGGCUGGCAGAAUCUGCUGGUAUGUUUGGGUGCCGCCUUUGCGCCAAAGCCGGACAGAAAGGCAAGUGGGCUUCUUGGGAGGUCUCAAACCCGAUCAAGAAGAGUCUUAAGUUGCACGCUGGUUCCCGCAAGCACGAGGAAAGCGUGUCCUUAGCCUUGCAGCAGUGCAGUGAAUGGUUUUUGUGGCGGAGUUGUCGUCCAAAAGAAAUCCCUGCCGGCGAUCCUGGUAGUGGAAGCCAGUUGCAGAAGAGAUGCUUGGGACCUUGGGUUCCACCUUUGUCAGCUUUCGAGAGCGCAGGGGCGCAAGUUCGUAAGCCUGCAGAUGGCACUGUUGGCCCUCUGAAGCCAGCAGUGCAGGAUCUCAGACGGACUUCCAAGAAGCGUUUGGCAGAGGUGGAGUUGGACCGGCUUGGGGGAGAGCAGCCGCAGCAGUGGUUGGUGUCGCACAAGAAAAGGUAUUGCAUGGCUGAGGCUCAGAGAGAAAUGUGGCGGGGCUGCUUUCAGCCUGGCUCGAUCGCAUCCAUUGCGCACGACAAGCGCAAGAGUGACAUCCUGAUCGUUUUCAAGGUAGCCAACCCGAAAACAUUGGAUUCAUGCAGGGGUGUGCUGGGUCUAGAGAGGAAUGUCAAUGGGUCGGCAGAUAGCAUCGCCCGCACUCUGAAUCGGGCCAUCCGAAGGUUUGCCACGAGAGAUGUUGAUGCACCAAAAACGGGACCUGUGGGACAACGGGACUUGGAUUUGGAAAAGCAGAUCCGGCUUGCCAUACAUGGUGCUUGUGCUGAUGGUAACCCAGCUGACCAGAAUGCACUUGUCCAGAUGAAGCAGUCUUUGGGUCAAUGUUCAGAUCUUUGUCGUGACAAAGCGCAUGCGCUUCGCUCAGUCAUUCGACGCCCUUGCCUGCGAAUGAGCGCCGAGGCGCAGAGCAUCAUGAAUGCUGCGCUCCAUGGACACUCCAGUUGCAUUCACCUGAUCGACAACAGUGACGCCCACAGGGACUGGUGGGAGGCAGCAGGCCAAAAAGUGGGCAGCACGCUGCGAGGCCGAUGCUCUCUCGGUGCCGCUCGACAACGCUUCGAGUCCGAGGCCCGUCCACUCUGGAACGCGGCCAUGCUGGUCGACCGAUUCAUUUCUGUAUGCGUCGAGAUUGCAAACAAGUCUACUCUUGGCUCGGAGCCCAUGAAACGGAAUUUGAGGUGGAUCAGUGAGAAGGGCUUAGUUCUGUUGGCAGUCCAGGCUGAUUGCAUCAAUGAGGGUUUACGGCUCAUACGCCAAGUGGACAAGUUCAGGCUAGAAUCCGAGAAGCUCUAUUCAAGUUUGGAUGACUUCAAGCAGAUUUUCGAAGCGCUCUUUGGGCCUUCUGGACGCUAA